CCUAACCUCUAUUGAGUCUCUGUCGCCUAUAAAAGUAAAAAACACAAAAGCAUCUUUAAUUGCUCCACCAUUAACGUCUCUUGAUUUCUCGAUAAUGGUUUCGCUAACAUUAGUUCUUUUGCUCGUCGCUGCCAUUUUAAGGAUAUUCUCUCAAGCCGUUGCACAACCAGCCUUCCUAUACCAUUCCUGUUUAGACGACGACAGGGAUAACUACAUUUCUAACAGUACAUAUAAGGCAAAUCUCAAUCACCUCCUCCACUCCAUAUCCAACACCAGUACCGAAAUUAUCAGCAACGGAUUCUACAACUCUUCUUAUGGCCAGAACAUCAACGAAGUACACGCAAUUGGACUCUGUAGAGGAGAUGUUCAACUGGAUGUUUGCCGCGGUUGCCUCUACAAUGCUAGUUACCUUCUCCCUGAGCUCUGUUCCGAUCAUAAGGAGGCAAUUGGGUGGUACGACCACUGUAUGCUACGCUACUCAAAUCGCUCGAUUUUGGGCGUCGUAGAAACCAGCCCCAAUUUCACCAUGUGGGACGUCAAUAACGUGUCGUCUAACUAUGCGGAUCAGUUCUUUGAAGCUGUUAGGAGGUUGCUGAAAGGGCUAAGAAGUCAAGCUGCCGCACAGUAUUCUCUUCGUAAGUUUGCAUCAGGGAAUGCAGCCGUAUCAAACUUCAAAACAAUAUAUGCACUCGUGCAAUGCACGCCUGAUUUAUCUGAACAAGAAUGCAACGAUUGCUUGCUUGGGGCAUCUGAAGGUAUUCCACGAUGUUGUGAUGGGAAGGAAGGUGGGAGAAUCGCUAGACCCAGCUGUGAUGUCAGGUUUGAGGUCUACCCCUUCUAUAACUCUACAACUAACUCGCCACCCCCUGCUCAUUCGCCAACCCCAACUGAUCCUCACAGGUCGCCUAUUAGAAAAGGGAACUAUAACUUUAUUGUAGUUUUGGCAUCUAUUACUUUUCUGGGACUAAUCUCGUCCAUCGCGGGCAUCUAUAUAAGGGCGAAGCGGGGAAGGAAUAAAAAUGAAAAUCCGCUCAAGCUUGCAACUUUGAAUUGGGAAAUGCGCUACAAAAUCAUAGAAGGCAUUGCACAAGGGGUUCUUUACCUUCAUGAAAAAUAUAACCUAUGUUUGAAUCACGGUCUUAAAGCUAGUAACAUAUUUCUAGACGAAGAAAUGAAUCCAAUGAUUUCAGAUUUUUGCUUGAAAAGUUUGCAUUCAUUAGAUCAAAUUCCCAAGAAUACAAGGACCAACGGAGCUCAAGAUGUGAUGCACAUGCCGUUGAUCUCAAUGAAGUCCGAUGUCUUUAACUUCGGUGUAUUAGUCUUGGAGAUAGUGUGCGGGCAGAAGAACAAUUGCUUUCCAAAUGAGGGGAAUGCGGACAAUCUUUUGAGCUGUGCUUGGAAAAACUACACUGAAGGAACUGCUUCAAAGAUGAUAGAUCCCACAAUAUUGUCAAAUUGCUUAAUAUUUGACGAAAAAAAAACGUACUGCAUCCUCACUGCCUUACGCUGUGCUGAAGCAAAUGAAGCUGAUAGACCAACCAUGGCUUCAGUUGUUGCCAGGCUCAACGGUUUUGACAACCAUGGAAUCAAUUCAAUCGAAAUGCCUUUAUUUGAGGUUGAUGAUCAUAGAGUGUCAGGUAGUAGAACUUUCCGUCAGAGGGUCCGGAGAUUGUUUUGGAAGAAAAAAGACUUUCGAGCCCUAGAAUUAGGUUAGACAACGUUGAACUGAGCCACCAUAUAUAUGCACCGGACGCAUUCUGAACUUUUGAAUUCUCCCAAUUAUUCCACCAUAUAGAGCGUUAGGUAGGAUGAAUACUUGUCACAAUACUAUUGACUUCAAUUUCUUUGGAGUUGAACAUGUUAGAGUUCUAUUUAGAGUGACCUUCUUGUCUAUCAAGUUUUGAUAAGAUUUUAUCUGUUAAGAAGUUUAAAUUUAAAUUUAAACUGGAUAUUAAGAGUUUCAUUUUGAACAA